AUGGCGGGAAAGAAGAAGUCUAAGUCUGAUUCAGUACCAUUAGAUUUAGGCAAUAUUAAACCAUUAGAAAAAUUACAACCAGUCCCAAAGACUAGAUCAUCCUCAAUUACUUCAAUUGAAUCUGCUGAUGAACCAGGUACUAUGAAGCAAGUUUUAUUACCUCCUACUAUUAGAGAAUUUGACGAAUUGGAACAAUUUGAAGCUUUUGUUAGAGAUGAAACUUGGGAUAAUGAAUUUGAUUAUUUCCACGGUAGAUUACAUUACUAUCCACCAUUUGUCAUGAAGGCUUGUCAUGAUGAUGUUGAAAAGAUCAAACCUACAGUUAAUAAAAAUUCCAAAAAGUUUAGACGUGAUUUACAACAUCAUAUUCAAAAACAUUUAAUUAAAGAUUUGGAGAAAUGUUGUGGUUAUGAAUUAAAUUUCGGUAAAGGUGAAGUUGUUGAAACUGAUUCAAAAGUCACUUGGAAAUUUAAGGAUGAAACUGAUCAUGGUUUUAGUAAAGAAGAAGAAGAUAUGUAUGAUAGACAUUGGAGAUUAGAAUUAGAUGUCACUUGUACUAAUGAAUCAGCUAUGGUUGAUGUCGAGUACAAGUCAAUUCCUUUGUAA